AUGUUCCAGAUGCUUCAGGCUGUGAGACAAUUUAGUGGAAUUCCUACCGAAGAUCCUCACCUUCACUUAAGACUGUUUAUGGAGGUGAGCGAUUCUUUCAAGUUAGCUGGAGUACCCAAAGUUGCACUACAAUUGAAGCUUUUCCCAUAUUCGCUAAGGGACAGAGCUCGAGACUGGUUGAACUCAUUGCCACCAAAUUUAAUUUCCACAUGGAUUGCCAGAAACAAUUAUCAAUGGCCAAGCAAUCGAGCAGUGUCAAGAAGACGAGUCACUAGAACACAUGAAGUAGACGCUCUCACUUCACUCUCAUCUCAGGUGUUUAUGAGUAUUGAUCGAAUCAUCGAUUUCAUCCCUGUAGACCCUGAGAUUGAACAAACUUUUCGACAGGGAAGAAGACAAACAAGUUAG